UUCAAUUAAUUUUUGCACCAGAAACUCUUUCAGUUGGCUUCAUAAUAUUUAUUGCAUUAAAUUGUGCACUAAAACUGUUUCAGUUGGCUGCAUGUGUAACCAUCAUCAACGUAUUAGCUUAUUGUAUUUUAUUACUUAACGGUUGUCUUGACAUUGGGUGUGAAUUUAGCGAUACAUUUUGUAUGUUUUAAACCAGAAUCUAUACACAUUUAAGUGAAGGAAAAGGCUAAAACUUUAUGAAAUUUAAAGGAAGACUAUCCGGCUUCCUGUUUCAUAUAUACAAAAAUAAAUAUAUAAGCCGCGCUCUGAUAAAAGGGAGUUUAAUGCAUGUAAACAGAGGUAAACAUUAUGUUGCUGUGUUGAUUUGGAUGUUAUGUUAUUGAUGGCAUUAGUGUUUGAUAGUCAUACGAAUAAAGAUACUUUCAGAUAAUGCUGACCGCCACAUUGGGCUGGAGUUCUGAUAAGAGGGUACUUAAACCAACCAAGGCCGAAAGUUGGAGACAUUAAGAGAGGAAAAACUAUCACACACACCAUGAGAGGAACGCUGUUACUGUUGUUAUUCGCAGCAACAUUUCUGCACCAUCAGGUCGCAGGAUUUUUCUUCCCAAAACGCCAGACAGGACCCGUCGAUCCCGAUGAAAAAUAUAACACGAGCGGUCUGAUCGCGAGCAAGGGGUACCCCGUAAAGGAGUAUGACGUGGUCACCAGUGACGGGUACAUCCUCACCGUGCAGAGGAUCCCCGGGGGUCGGGCUGAUAAGCCAUCAAAAGCCGUUCGUCCGGUAGUGCUUCUUUGGCACGGUUUGCUUUCGAUUUCAUCCUGCUGGGUGAACAAUUUCGCCAAUGACAGCCUCGGUUUUAUGCUGGCGGACGCCGGCUUCGACGUGUGGCUGGGCAACAGCCGCGGGAACACGUACGGACGCCGCCACAAGACGCUGAAUACUACGGACAAGGCAUUCUGGCAGUUCAGCUGGGACCAGAUGGCGCAACAGGACCUCCCGGCCGCCAUUGACCGGAUACUAGCUAUCACCGGCGCCAGCAGCCUAUUUUAUGGCGGUCACUCGCAAGGGGGCGCCAUCAUGUACGCGCUUAUGUCACAUGACCCAUCAUACGCCACCAAGGUGAAGCUGUUCGUCGCCCUUGCCCCCGCCGUGUAUGUGAACACGAUGACGAGUCCUAUCAAGUACCUCGCGCCAUUCUCUAAGGGUUUAGGCCCAAUUGGAGAACUACUGACGCACGGCGAGUUGCUACCGCACAGCGAAGUGUACGACUACCUCGCCACCUACGUGUGCAAUCAGGCGAUCAUCCCGGAAUUGUUCUGCGAGAACCUGCUCUUUGUCGUCAGUGGCUUUGACGUGGAACAAAUGAACAUAUCGCGUGUGCCAGUCUAUAUGGGUACUCACCCUGCUGGAACUUCGAUCCAGAACCUGCUGCAUUUUGCUCAGAUGGUGGAGAACCCCAACUUUCAGAUGUACGAUUAUGGGCCAGCGGAGAACAUGAAAAUCUAUCACCAGAAAACCCCGCCUGUGUAUGACAUGAGUAAGAUCAAAGUUCCCAUCGCGAUAUAUCACGGCACAAACGAUUGGUUGGUUGGCCCCACUGACGUCACAAGAUUGAUAGCAGCAACACCCACUCUUGUGUCGAAGAAGUUGAUUAGUGGAUGGGAACAUCUCGACUUCAUUUGGGCAUUGGACGCGCCCCAGCAAUGCUACUAUGACGUCAUAACUUCGUUCAAGAAAAUGUUGUAAACCAGUUUUUGUGUAUGAGAAUGUUAUUAUUGGCAAAGAGCAACUGGUUUCAAAGUUCGUGUGUUCUAAAGUGUUCUUUGAAGAAUAAUGCAUGGCGUUUAUGACGUCAUCACUUUAUUCAUCAACAUGCUUCAAACAAGUUCUAGUUUAAUUGAUACAAUUAUUAUAUGUUUCCGCAAUAAUGUUUGAAACAUUUUUAGUUUCUUCAUUGUUUGCAUCCUCUGAAAUGUUUGCAAAUGUAUAAACAUCGCUCUGAGAAACCUUGCUUUAUGACGUCUUCGCUUCGGUCAAUAAUGGCGCACCUUUUUUUGUUUGAGUUAAUGAAACCUCAAGUAUUAAUCUUGACAUUAUUAGACAAAAUAUUCAUAUUCAAGUCUUCUGAAUAUAAUGGCACAACUUGACGUGAACGCUUUGGGAAAGAAAAUAAUAUAUACCAGUUUAUUUGUUUCGUCAAUAUGUGUUACUACAUUAUGUUUGAAUUCCGAAUAAACGUCGAAUAGGAUGCCAAUGAUAUAUUCAUUAUUAAAUACCUUCGUGAAGUUGCUUCUUGCUUGAAAGUUCAAUGUUUUGUAUCAGUAUGUUUUAUUGUUCACGUUUUACACUGUAUAUAUGUAACUUAUGAGACUCCUGUCCUUAAAAUCCACAAUUUGCUCACAACUUUACAUGUUCUGAAUUAUUUAAAAAUAGAAUAAAAAUGUUAUUGCACA